AAUGCGCUGGCGCACGUCAUGGAUCCAGUAGCAACACACAAAUAACAGUCGACGCCGGUUUUCCUCUCUGUCACACGGUUCGCGCUGUUGUUUUACUGAUUAAAACAAACCAUUUUGCGUUAAUUAUUGUGAAAUAAAGAAUAAAAAUGACAGCUCCGAUUUCGAGGUACAGAUCGUGGUGUCUUGGUUUGAGAGUAAAAUGUUUCAUCGUCGCUUAUAUGAAUUUGUUCGCAUCCGUUGUUGAUAUUAUCUGCCACGUACUGGUCGUCGCGAUUACCACUAAUUGCUUCCAGUGUGACGUCACCGAAAGCAGUAUUCGCGAGGUGGCAUGGCCGUGGUUGGAACCAAUUCUCAUGGCUGUCAACAUCGGCACCCACGGCUUCUACCCCCUGCCCUUGACCUUCACACAGAGCAACUUCAUCGAAGGACUCAUGCCUACCGCGUCAGAAGUCACUUGCUACCCUGGCAUGUUCCAUGUCUACAUGGUCGACGUUUUCAACUUUGCUAUCAAUAUCAUCUGGCUACACUUAGUUAAGUCCUUCCUCCGAGGCGUUCAUAGAAAAGACCCCGAACCAAUGCGCAUGUUCUUCGGCAUAGGGAUUUUGAAACUGAUCCUGCAGAUUAUGUACUUCGGUUACCAGCCCGAGUUCCGAUCCAUCUCCAACGCGGAUACUCUCAUGUUCAUCAAGCUUUUGGAUAUCUGUAUGUCAGGGCUCUUCUUGCUUAUUAUUUACGAGUACAUAAAAGUGGUCGUAGAUGAGAAGAAGAGAGAAACCACCAGGGUGGUAGACCAGCCGCCAUCUUACAUCGAAUGCCUUAUCGGAUCUUCUAAACCUAAAGAAGAAGACCUAGAGAAAGUAGUCUUGGAGCAACCUGCGCAAACGCCGGUCACUCAUAUAGCCUCUAUAUCGAAAUAGCCAUAAUAUAUAUAAAAUAGGAAUUAUUAAGUUGUUCGGAGUAUUUAUUUAUUUUGUUUAUAAAAUAUCGAAUGGAAUUUGUUGUAAUACAUAGCUUAGUGACCAGAAAUCGUGGAUCGUUGCGUUCGUCAAUUUAUAUCAUUUAUAAUUAUGUGAUAAAAUUAUGUAAUGAUUAAAAAUGUAUGUGAAAAUUUGA